CCGAGAGGGCGGAGCCGGCCUCCCGGUCCUUCCCGCCCACCACGCUCCCAAGCGGCACCCAAGAGCUGCUGUGAAGAGGUGCCCGAGGACCUGGCUACGCUGGGGCAGCUGAGAGACGACGGAAGCUGAGAUUCACGCUCUCGGGGGGGUAAAAGAUGCUGAGCCCCUAUUCUGUGCUAGGACUAAAUUAUUGGACUUGUCAACUCUGCCAGUGCAUGUGCCAUUUCUCUUCCAUUAUGAGUGGACCAAUUGUAUUGCACAUUUGUCUGGCUUUCUGUAGCCUUCUACUUUUCAACAUUGCCACACAAUGUCUGGCCUUCCCCAAAAUAGAAAGGAGAGAGAUAACACACGUUCAUGCAGAAAAAGGGCAGUCUGAUAAGAUGAACACUGAUGACCUAGAAAACAGCUCCGUUACCUCAAAGCAGACUCCCCAACUGGAGGUCUCUGAAGAUCCAAUGAUGGUGUCAGCAGGACCAUCAGCAACAUCGUUAAGUAAAGCAUUCUCGCUUAACAAAGAAACCCAGCCUGGACGCGCUGCGCUCAUGCAGACUGACCGCCCUGGUGUUUCCACUGCUACUGAGUCAGCUGUCCCAGCAGGUGAAGAAGUAUUUGGUUCCAGCCAGCCAGAGGGAAUAUCUCCUGAAAGUGGACUUUCCAAGUCCAUGUUAACCAUUGCUAUCACUGCAAGUGCUUCUCUGACUAUUGGUGAAAAGCAGGAACUCCUUACAAGCACUAACUUUCAGCCCAUUGUAGAAGAGACUACAGAAGCCCCCAAAGGUUUUCUGAAGUAUAUGGAUAAUCAAUCAUUUACAACUGAAAGUCAGGAAGGAUUUGGUUUGGGACAUUCACCUUCAUCCUAUGGGAAUACUAAGGAAAUGGUUACCACCAAUCCGAGGACUGAGAAAUUUGAAGCAGACACAGACCACAGGACAACUUCUUUUCCUGAUGCUGAGUCCCCAGCAGGCACUGAGCCUGGAAACCUCCCACCUGAUAAGGAGAAGCCUUUGCAAAUGACAGGUGAUAACACCCAGGCUGCUGCCAGCAGGCAACUACUCACAACUUCAGAGUACACCCUGAGUGUUCAGCCAGAAACUGACAGUCUGCUGGGAGCCUCAGAAGUCACAGUGAGUGCCAGCACAGCUGUUCCAGCUACCUCUGCCUUAAGUGGCGAGUGGGAUGACACCAAAUUAGAGAGUGUAAGCCAGACAGGGACCCCCAAGCUUAGAGACAAUGCAGAGACUCAGGUGAGAAUGGAGACUCAGACAGCACAAGUAAGCCAUGAGGGUGUGGAAGGGGGCCAGUCUUGGACAGAGGCUCUGGAAGUCGUUCUGGGGCUGCCUGAAGGGGAAACACACACGGGCACAGCCCUGCUAAUACUGCAUGGGAAUGAGAGAUCACCUGCCUUCACUGAUCAGAGUUCCUUUACCCCCACGAGUGUGAUGGAAGACACGAAAGUUUCCGUUGUGAACUUGCUCCAAAGUACAGGAGACUUCACAGAAUCCACCAAGGAAAACGAUACCCUAUUUUUCUCAGAAACCACUGUUUCUGUCUCAGAAUAUGAGUUGGAGGCAGACCAACUGUUGGGAAAUACAAUGAAAGACAUCAUCACUCAAGAAAUGACAACAGCUGUUCAAGAGCCGGAUGCCACCUUAUCCGUGGUGACGCAAGAGGAGGUUGCUCCCCUCGAGCUUAUCAGAGACAGUGGCAAGACUGAGGAAGAAAAAGAGGACCUCUCUCCUGGGUCUGAUGUUUCUGGUGUUACUCAGCUAUCAAGAAGAUGGCAGCCUCUGGCCACUACAAUUUCAACUACAGUCGUUCCUUGGUUUUUUGAAGUUACUCCCACUGUGGAAGAACAAGUGGACACAGUCACAGGGACAAAUGAGGAGUUCACACCAGUUCUGGGAUCUCCAGUGACACCCCCUGGAAUAAUGGUGGGGGAACCCAGCAUUUUCUCUGCACUUCCUGCUUCUGAGACGUCCUCCGAGGGAAGAACUGUUGUUCCAUCUAUUACUCGAGUUAAUACAGCUGCCUCAUAUGGCCUGGACCAACUUGAAUCUGAAGAGGGAGAAGAAGAUGAGGAUGAAGAGGACGAAGAAGAUGAAGAUGAAGAAGAGGAAGAUGAGGAUGAAGAUGAGGAAGAUAAAGAUGCAGACUCGCUGGAUGAGGGCUUGGAUGGUGACACUGAGCUGCCAGGGUUUACUCUCCCUGCUGUCACCUCCCAGGAACCAGGUUUAGAGCAGGGAAACAUGGACCUCUUGGAGGGAGCCACCUACCAGGUGCCAGAUGCCAUUGAAUGGGAACAGCAGAAUCAAGGCUUGGUGAGAAGCUGGAUGGAAAAAUUAAAAGACAAGGCUGGUUACAUGUCUGGGAUGCUGGUGCCUGUAGGGGUUGGGAUAGCUGGAGCCUUGUUCAUCUUGGGAGCCCUCUACAGCAUUAAGGUUAUGAAUCGCCGAAGGAGAAAUGGCUUCAAAAGGCAUAAAAGAAAGCAGAGAGAAUUCAACAGCAUGCAAGAUCGAGUAAUGCUCUUAGCUGACAGCUCUGAAGAUGAAUUUUGAAUUGGACUGGGUUAAUUGGGGUAUUCAACAAAGCUACUAUUCUAGUUUUUAUUUGGAGCAGAAAGAAAAGAACAACUUGCCACAUUGCUGCUAUCAGGCCGUUAGUCCUAGUGUCUGCUGGGUGCUGGGUAGUAGAUUUUUCUUGUACUGAGCAGAAAUGGCAUGUUGUAUACUAAACAUAUCAUGCAGUAUUUGGUUUUAUUCUGUAGUGAAUUUUCCACAACUGUGGGCUACAACUCAUAAAUAUGCAGCAUAUAUGUUUUUUAGUAGGAGUUGCUAUAUUAGGCUGAGUAAAUAUUUUGUAUUUUUUCAUAGUGUCUUUUUUUGGGGUUUAAAUUACCUGCAUUGAGAAUAAUAAUUGGUUGCCACCAAGGCAUGCUUGACUUUGAGAUAUAAAUCUUAACAAAGAAUAACUUCUCAUGAUUAUACUCUACCUACUUGAAUCAAACUGCAUUUGUAUCAAACUGGCAGCAACUCAGAAUAAGUUUUCAUUAAGAAGAUAUCUCAGCAUAUUAGGAUUUUAUGUAGAUUUGUAUGUAUUUUGCGUUAUGUACUUCAGCCUCCUAGUUUUGUUUUUUCUCACCUUCUGUUUUAUUCUCAUUCUUGAUGAGGAAAAAAAUGCACCAGAAAUAAUACAUUAAAUUGACUCUUAGUCUUAAUGUAUGCUUAAAUUGUGUGAUUGAGUCCAACAGAGUCAUACCUGUUUAUGAUUAAGAGAUACUCUUUUUGUGUACUAUUUGACUUUGCCAAGAAGAAAGGAGGAAGAAAUCAAGGAUGAGAUGACAGUAGGUAAGUUUUCAGAGCAUUUCUGUCUGCCAUUUGGUCCGAUGCUGGUGUGGCUACUACUAUGAGUAAUUCAGAGUGUUGUAUUUCCACAUCUGUGGUCUUCACCAUGGAAAAGGUGGGCUACCAUUGGUCCUUAUUUGGCUUUAUUAGAAAAACAGACAUUCUAUGGUUUGUCUGCCCAGUGGCCAGAGUCCUGGUGCACAACAGAGCUCAUGGGAAACCAGCCUCUCUCAGGGCAUCCUGCUAUAAGGAUGUUGGACUAUGUUUGAUCAUUUCUCCUUUCCUUGAAUGUAAUUCCCUGACCUAUACAAAAUAGGAUAUUCCAAUGUGCUAUUUGAAUCUGGGAAUUGAGGACUUGUAGUUAGUUGAGUUUUGGGGUAAAGACUUGGCUCAUUGCCAUGGAAGAAUAAAGGUUGUUUAUUAAUAGUGCUGUCACUGCGGAGAACUUGUUGGUGUUUAUUGGAGCUUGUCUACUAUGUUUGAGAAAGCUUCACAGUUAUUCCUCAUAGCUACUACGUGAGGUAGGACAUGGGUUUCUAUUCUCCCAUUUGACUGAAGAUGGAACUGAAGCAGAGAAGUGAAACGAUUUUCCAAAGUUGUACCCAGAGAGAAUCAGCAUGAGAACCCACUUGGACCCAAAGCCAUGCAUCUUUAAGUUCAGCACCCUUUCCAUAGACUUUGGAGGAAGCAGUGACAUUUCAGAGUCCUUCUUUAAAACAAAGGUUCUAAGGAAAUAGGUGCUUGGUCAAGGAAUGUUUGAUGUGAAUUUCUAUCUUUGUUAAAUGGAUGACUCCUUUCUAAUCUCUUACUCACACAAGUUCUUUCCUUCCGUCUCAGUUAUUUCCUUUACAGUCAGAAAUUUAAAUAUCACCUCUAUGAAACUAAUAGAGAAUCCUUCCUAGAAUCCAUUUUUGAAUAAUGGCCAGCUCGCAAGAAUGUUUUCAUCAAAUAAUUUUAACUCCUUUUGCCAAGAGAUGUUAGCAAAUGUGUGAAAUUGAUCAAGAGAAGUGAAAAGCUCUGUACAGUCAAAAAGAAGUUAGAGCUUGGCAAAUUAGCUCAAGGUCAGAUUUUAAAAAUAGAAUUCAGAGCCAUGAUGCUCAGAAGUGAUUUGUAAUUUCGCGAGUAGAGACAUCCUGAUAUUGCAUAAGGGAUGUUUUCCUUUUCCAAGAGCAGCCCUUUGCUAUAAGUGUUUCUAAGGUUUGGAGUAAGUGAGCAUGGUGUGGCAUUACUGUCUUUGUAUUCUUGACAAAUAGUUUGUUGAGAAUACACAAUAGGCCACUUAACAGAGUAGCACAUGAGUGACACUAACAUCAUUAUUGACUUGGACUACUCUAUCUAUAGUCUUAAUUGAACCAUGGCUAAUAGGUUGAAUCUUCAAACUGCAGUAUAAUACAUUCCCAAAUAGCAGACACAUAUUUUCAUUUCUCAGAGAUCUGUAAGGAUGACAUGUAUGUGAAUUUUGGCUUAACACAGUGUCUCUCUCAUCCUUUUUGGGACACAUGAUUUCUUAAAGGAAAAGAACCUACUUAGGUAAGAGUGCAUUUCUGUACAAACCCAUUUAAACAUCUGGAUGGAGUGGAAGGUCAGUGGAUGGUACAAAUGACAUGUUUAUUGUGGUCAUUUUCCUUGGUGCUGGUGGUUGUGGAAUAAUGAUUUUCAGUGGUUGGCUUGGAUUAUUAAGAGGAUCAGAAAAGGUUGUCAUAUUUUAAACAAAACCUGGGAUUAGAGGUGCUGCUGCCAGAGGGAAGUGCUGGCCAGUGGUUAUAUGGCAGUCCAGAUGAAAAGCAGUAAAUCAGGCACUUGUGAGUUUACCCAAAAUAAGUGAUAAGUAUGCUUAUAUUUGCACAUUAAAAUAAAAGUAAAGUUUUUAUUCUAACAACUAGGCUUAAAACAUUUAACAGAGAAACAAAGCUGUCUGGAAAGGAGAGCUGAUUCCUGCAGCUUCCGCUGUGAACACCAUCCCAACUGGAUUGAGUUUGCCCAGCCAGAACUGCUGCAUCCCACUGCAGCGGCAGUGACCAGGUCUCAUUCUCGGAGGGAGAGGCAAUGUUUUCAAAACUUGCAGACUCAUAAGAAUCACCUGGGACACUUGCGAAACAUACAGAUUUCAAGGCUUUGCCCCAGACCUGAUGAGUUAGACUCUCCAGGGAAGGAGCUUGGGCUAUUCAUGCCCCAGCAAGCUUGAGAACACAGCUAGGAAGGAUCUGCUUAGAGAACCCCUUCCUUAUUAUAGAGACAAGGUCAUUUAAAAAUCACAAUGAGAUACUACCUCACAACUACUGGGAUGGCUAAUAUCCAAUAAAACAAGAUAUAACAAUUGUUUCUGAGGAUGUGGAGACAUUAGAACCCUUAUAUACUCUUGGUGGGAAUGUAAAAUGGAUAGCCACUAUGGCAAACAGUAUGAAGAUUCCUAAAAAAUUUAAAAUAGAACUACCAUAUAAUCCAACUAUCCCACUUCUGGGCAUAUAUCCAAAAGAACGGAAAUCAGGAUCUCAAAAAUAUCUGUACUCCUGUGUUCAUUGCAGUAUUAUUGGCACUAGCCUAAAUAUCUAUCAGUAGAUGAAUGGAGAAGAAAAAUGUGGCAUAUACAUACAGUGGAAUAUUAUUCAGCUGCAGGAAAUAAGGAAAUCCUGUCAUUGUGACAGUAUGGACGCACAUGGAGAACGUUGUGCUAAGUGAAAUAAACCAGUGACAAAAGGACAAAUGUUGCAGAUUGCACUUCUAUGAGGUAUCCAAAAUAGUCACACUCAUAGGGGUGGAGGCGAAAUGGUGAUUGCCAGGAGCUGGGCAAAGUUAAAGAUGGGGAGAUGUUGAUUAAUUAUGUCUCAGUUACAUAAGAUGAAUACGUUCUAGAGCUCUGCUGUAUAACCUACGUGCCUAUAGUUAACAAUGUUGUACUGUACAGUUAAAAAUUUAAGAGCGUAAAUCUCACAUGAAAUGUUCUUAACACACACACACACACACACACACACAAGACAAGGACAGCAGUCCUCCGUGGGAAGAGAUGCUUUUUUACCUGGUCAUGCUAGCCAAUAAAUCACAUCUGCCAUGGAGAAAGGGGAAAGGAAAACAAAAGGAGAGAGAAAAGGAUGGAAGCUACUAGAAAAAGAAUAGUGGGCUGAGAUGUAGAGAAAAGGGUUUCUCCCAUACCCCUGAUGUCUUUUUCCCUAAUUAGAAAGACAGUAGUUUUCUUUCCAACCUCUUUAGUUUUUUCUUUUCCAUAAGCUGUUUCUUUCAGUAGCUGCUAGCUUAAUUUAUAUGCAAUAUUUGGAGUUAAUUAGUAUCCCAGGGUAACAGAUUUCCUUAGCAAUGCCUUAGCCUUGGCUUCAGCUGAUAAACUGCCUCAAAUACAGUUUUCAAGAAACAUUUUCUUAAAGUACCUGUAUCUCUUAAUGUAGGUCAAAACUGUGUGAAGAAAUUUUAGAGCCAAGUUUUAGAGUAUAUUUAAUUUUUGAAGAAUCAAUUAAAAAUGGUCUUUCAUUUUACGAUUUUUUCCCCAAAGGCUCUUAAGAGCCAAAACAUAUAUAGAUAUCAGAAAAUUAUAUAGCAUGCAUGGAGUAUUCUGAAUACCUCAUGGUUCCAUCUGUGUCUGCCUCCAGGUGUCUUCUUCCUGCAGGAGCCAGAAUGAAACACCUUAUUUCCAAUCACAGCCUCAACUUGGGGGAGAAGAAUCAAAUCCUCUGCAGGCAUUGUGAUUUCUGUGGAUAUGCAUAAUCCAUGUUCCUACCAGCUGCCAAAGAACAGCUUUUGGAAACAAGAUGUGCUAUUUGGCGCAAGGUUAUAGCUACGUGAUAUUUUGGCAAGACAGACUUUGCUAUGACCCCAGAGGAAUCUGAAGAGGCUGGAACACAACUGAAAACAAAUCUCUUCCCUUUAGGGUAUGUGAAGAUAUGGUUACAAGGGAAGAAGUAUGGUAGAAGAAGAUGGAGGAAAAUCAUAAGACAAGGUAGAUAUAAAAAUGGCACAAAACAUUAGGAGGUGCUGGAGGAUACCAAAGUUCUGAAUGGACCAAUGAUUGAAAAAAGGUUAGAGAAAGGCAAGGAGAAGAAUACAGAUGAGGAAGAUCAUUAACAGGAGAAGGGAUCAAAAAACUUCACAAAUCCAUGUUGCCUCCAUCUUCUCCAUCAAAUAAAAUUAUUCCAUGCUAGUUAGAAUAAACAUUGCUGGGGUGGAGGAACUGAAGUCCAAGAUGGAUGAGGAGGUAAAAGGUGCUUGAUUACUUUAAAUGAGCUUAAGCUAAGUUAGACAUCUUCUUUAAUUACACAGCCUUCAAAUUACUGAAUAUAUACUUCAGGAAUAGGAAAUAAUUUGAAAACAGAAUAGUGGUACUGACUUAAUAAAAGUCCCAUAUGUGCACAUUUAGCACUACUAGACUGAUAAGCUGAAGAUGGACUGAAGAGAGAUGUUGCUCUGAUAAUUAUAGACUGGCAGUCAACGUAGCUGGAAACAAAAUCCUGUUGCUUAAUUUCUGUAUGCAGGAAAAAACCCAGCAUUUAUUUUGUAAGCUACUAUAAUAUAAAUGCAUUGGGAGUGUCCUAUUUGGAGCAAUAGGUAUAUCAGACUCCCUAUUAAUUAACCCAAAUUUUUAUCACGUGCAUAUAGGUUAAAGAGAGAGAGGAAGGAAGGAAAGAAGGAAAGAAGGGAGGUAGGAAGGAAGGAAUUCCCUUGGUAAGUAGCAGCGAAAGCACAAAGAAAUCAUUUGCUCCCAUGUUCUAGUGUGUAUAAAAGCACAAAAAAUAUUGAUGUAAAAAACUGAGUCCAUCUAGUAAAGCAAAGAUUGUACUUUCUCUUCUCAAAAAGAUCAGGAGAAGUAAUGUAAGUGAUAACCAUCAAUAAUUCUUAAUAUAGAGUAUAAAUUCUUAAGACAGAUGUUGCUGAGAGGUGUAACCUUUUGUGGGUUUAAGGAUGGAGGAACUGAGGAGUAGAAACAGAAGAACCCUCUGUGGUGGGAAAAUCCUGUUAUCUUAAUUCUCAAAACUUAUAGGUCUAGGAACAGAGUGCAAGCGAAAUGGCAGGCAAAAUGCACACCCACUUGGAUUAUUUUAUUACCUUUAAGGGGGUAGAUCAUCUGCUCUAGUCUCAAAAGAAGAAAGCUGGUAUCAGUUCAGGAAACAGGUUUUUAUUAACCAGUGUCAUGUCCAUCUCAAUAUUCUCUUCCUAAUUAGCAGUGAAAUGAAGGGACCAAAAGCAUUUGAAACAUUUCUCCAAUUUUAUGUCUCGUGACAUGGCCACAGCAUUUGUGUAGCUCAGACUUCUUCAUGACCUGCUAGGUAUUUUAGGGAAGUGAGGGUUGGGGUUGAGGGUAGUAUGCCAUGUGAAAUAUGGGGCUGAAUGUGAAGGAUCCUCUAGGUCCUGUCAAGGAAUGAGGAUUUUAUUUGAAGGCAAUUAGAAGUCAUGCAAAAAUAUCCUGUGAAGUGAUAUGAUCAGGCCUGAGUUAAUAGGAAGACUGGUUUUGGAAGCUUAAAGUCUGGAGUCAGAGACACCAGCGAAGAACAAGGUUGAUGCAGCAAUGUAAGUGAGAGAUAAUCAUUGCCUGGACCAAGGUUACAGGAAUGAACACGGAAGGAGAGAAUGGGUUCUGGAGGUGGUCAGGAGGGGUAGACAGUGGGACUGGCAUAUUGCUUAGCUGGAGAGAUGAGAGAAGAGACAGUAGUUAAAGCUGACUAGGGUCAUGGGACUUUUGAGGCUUCUGGAUACGAUGGAGUCUAGUAUCCUGCCUUCUGGAGGGGCUGACCCUGCAUUAUCUCAGCAUAUACAGACCUGAGGAAGAUAACCUACAAGCCUGACAAAAAUGUAUAGACAGCAUUACUUUUUACAACGUGUAAAUGUGUGGUCAUUUUCUGUGACUUUGUUUGUUUGCUUUUAUAGAGACAGGGUCUUGCUCUGUGGCUCAGGCUGCAGUGGAAUGGUGCAAUCAUAGUGCCCUGCAGCCUCAAACUCCUGGGCUUAAGCAAUCUUUCCCCCUCAGCUUCCUGAGUAGCUAGGACUACAGGUGUGUGCCACCACUCCCAGCUAUUUUUAUUUUUAUUUUUUAUAGAGACAGAGUCUCACGAAGUUGCCCAGGCUGGUCUCAAACUCCUGGGCUCAAGCUAUCCUGCCUCAGCCUCCUGAGUUGUUGGAAUUAUAGGCAUGAGCCACUGUACCUCACCAUUUUCUGUGAUUUUUAAUAGGAGGUGUCAAUGAACUAACUUUGAAUUUAAUAAACAUCUGUGAAAAUUCUCCUAAUACCUUUAGGGGAUUACUUUUGUUGAGCCCUAGAUAUGAGUUACUAGCUCAGAUCUGUUUGACUGUCUUGAUUUGUAAAGGCUAAUAGGAGAGUUUCUUAUUUUUUGACAUGGGAACAAAGCUCAGUAUCUUGUUUUUCUUGAGAACAAAUCCAAGAAACUUCUUUCUCAAGGCUGGUCUGUAUGAGGAUGACAUCUGGUCUUGGAUAUGCAGCCUGCAGAAUCGAGCAAUGCAGCUCCAUGUCCUCGUGCUGAGCGGUUUCUGUGGCUUUUUGACAGUUGUCAUGGACAAUCAUCAAACCACUUACCUUCCUUAGCAUACGAAAAAUUAAGCAAAUUUCCCAUAGUUGCCAUAUCAACACAAGGCCAGAUUCUGGAGGGCCUCAAGGGCAAUCAUACGCAGAAUUGAGAAAAUACAGAAAAACCUAAGAAUAAUUAUCAUUCCAGUCCCACCCAAAAUGUUACCAAUGAUAAACAUUGGUAACAUUUUGGUCUGUACUUUUCUAAUCUCUUUUUUCUGUGCAUUUAUGAUAUGUAAUAAAUACAUUUGUUUUUACACAAAAUCAGGAUUACAAUUUACAUAUUAUUUUGUUACCUCUCUGUAGCUGCGUUUUACCAUGGUUGUUUUAAAAGGAAUAGAAGAAAGGAAAACAGCCUGUGAAAAUCCUGAGUUGUAUUUGAAUGAGCAAGCUGUGUUUCCUCAUUUAUUUCACAUUUGAUGGUCCGUAACUGCCCAGUUACCUCAGGAUGCCUACAUAUGAUGAAAAUGAAAACAGAGUUGAAAGAAGUCUCCAUAAACACAGCACACAUUGUAACAACUAAGUUAACACUGGCUAACGUCAUAUUCUUGUUCCUUGAGGGAUUAGAGAACACUUUCAUCUCUUUGCCUUUGUCCCCAAAGUAAAAACUGUAAGCUUUUAUAAUUAAAUAAGAUUGAAUAACUGUAAGAGUAAAGAAUAUGUAGCAUUAUGAGAAACACUGGGAAAAAGAACACUUACUGUGUGACCUAAAUUGAUUAAAGGGUCAUUCAGUUCAACUAUCUUGAAUCUAAUUAGUAUUUUUGUGUCAUUUAUUAUUAUAGGGCACAUGUAUUUUCUACAUUUGAUUUCACUUGACUGAAGCUAAAGGAGCAAUGUUUAUUGCUAUGUCCGUUAUUCUCUUUUUGCUGUCAUUUCCUGCUUCGUCUCUGUCUUCUCCACUAGGCCUUCUUCAUCCACCCUCUCCCCAUCCCUUUCAGCUCUGAAGGAUCUAUAAAUGAAAAUGGGUACAAGCUGAUUCACUAGGACUUAUAUUUACUAAAUAGUGUUUUAUUGUCUUUGCUCUAUGUAUUUUCAGAGAAACUAUGUCUUUAAAAACAAUUAACGAAGCCCUGUGGUUCUUUCAAUGAAGACCUUUGAAAACAUCUCUACUAGCCCAUACUCCCCCAAAUUUCUUGCACAUAGUAGAAGAUGACAUUAAAUAAACACAUUAUAAGGUACAAUGAGAUUUAUUCUAAAAAUAUUGUCUGGUUGUGAAAGUAAAUUAUUGUUCAUAAAGUGUUAUUAGAUUAAAAUUAUGGAGUAAGCAUUUGGCAAACUGAAUCUUCACUGGAAAGACCAUUCUUUUUAGGACACAUUUCUGUUCAUGCUUAAGGUCAGAAGUCAAUCGAAGGCAUCCAGAAAAAAAAAGGCAAAUAAAUGAAUUAGGGACACAAUUAUUUUCUGUCAUAAAUAAUAAGGAUCUUUAAAAGUUUAAUUAUGGGGAAUUAUUGAAUAGGCUAGUUUUAAGCCAUGCAAAUAAAAAUGUGAAUUUCAAAAAUCUUAGUGAAAUGCAAAUUUAUUUUUACUUAGUGACAAUAAAAAAAUCACAAAUACUUCUUGAGCGCUUGCUGUAGGCCAAGUGCUGUGCUCAGUACUUAAUAUGGAUAAACUCACUUGAUUGAGUAUCAAAAUCCAAAGAGGUAGGCACUCCAGGUUACCCUUGACUCUACUGAUGGCAGAAACCUCUCUUGUUAUCUUUGACAAGAGACACCUAAAACAUGAUCUGUAAUAAAUAAUUUGUUGACAGAUUUUUCAUGUCAAAGGAACUAUAUAGCAUUGGUUUUUAGCUAUGAUUUGGAUUCAAGUUUUAAAGUAUGUAAUUUUUAUUAUAUCAGCCCACACUGAACAUUGGUUUUUCAGCAGAUAAUACAUCUUCCAAGUGCUCCAAGGUGAAGAGCCACAGAGAAGAAUACUGCAUCUUGAGUCAUACCCUGAAAUUACUGAAUGAAUUACCUGUGGCCACGUAAACACUCUGCUUCAAUAGGUAGAGUGUAUCAGACAAUCUAAUUAUUCAGAACUAAGUUUUUAGUUAGCCUUUGUUAUUUUCUGAAGUAGUUUGCAAUUCUCUAGGUAUCCACUGGGGAUUGGUUCCAAAACUCCCCUCUGAUAACAAAAUUCAUGGAUGCUCAAGCGCCUUACAUAAAGUAGUGUAGUAUUUGCAAAUAACCUAUGCACAUCCUCCAGUAUACUUUAUAUCUUCUCUAAACAUGAUACCUAAUAUGUAAAUGCUAUGUAAUUAGUUGUUAUACUGUACUGUUUAGUGAAAAAUGUCAAGAAAAAAAGUCUGUACAUGGUCAGUACAGACACAACUCUGUACUGAUUUUUUUUUUCUGAAUAUUUUCCAUCCAGGGUUGGUUGAAUCCACAGAUGUGUAACUUACAAAUAUGAAGGGCUGACUGUACAUAGUAGUUCAUUCAGAUUUAUCACAGUGAUCUAAAGUAAUUUUGCAGUUUACAAGCAUUUUUUUGGUUCUGAAAGAAAAACCGAAAAGAAUAUUGGUGAUGUGAUAUUUAUGUAAUGUCAUGGUGUCAUAAUGGUCAUGUUUUAAAAGUUGAGAAUGUUCUACAUUCAUACACUGUUGGUUUCUAGAUCCACAAGACUUCUGUAUACAGUUCAUGGUCCUCGGCAUUGCUUCUUGUAAUUUUUCCAUCCCAAAGGAGAACUGCUGUUCAGACUGUACUUGUGGAAUGCAGUGCUUCAUUAAAUUAAGUAUAUUAAAAUAUAA